UGCUUGUACACCGUAACGAUACAUUCUGCGAUAAUAGUUAGAAACCGUGCGUGUAUGUGUGUAUGUGCGUUAACGCAUCGCUGUAAUCACUCGGGCUUUCUGUGCUCUCUUGAUGAUCUCGCGUUCACUUCUAAUCGAAUUCAGAUUAUCCCCCCUCGGCAGUCCAGUCUUGGAUACUUUGGAAAACUUUCAGUUAUCUAUGUACAGAUAAUUGCACUUAUAUUUUGCGCGUUUGGAAUUUACAGAUCUGAGUUGACCAGUUAAAAGAGAAAUUGAUUCGUGAUCAGGACGUGGACAGAUGGAGGUCUUCAGAAUGAAGGUUUACAACUAACAAAAGGGAAUCUAAUUUGAUUUAAUUACACAUCAAAGUAUCAGACCUUCGUAUUGAGGAUUUCCUAUCAGGAUAAGGAUACAGUUGACAAGUAUCAGGAUAAAAUGUACCCAAGACUGAACUCACCGUAACAUGGCGAAUCACCUACGCAUGUACUUGUUUCUGUUGGCCCUUUGCCACGCGCAGCAGCAACGGUGACACGAAAGCAGCGGAAUAAACCAACCAGCGAGUGAGCGCUAGUUAGCUAGGUACUCACCUUAACAUUUAAACAUGCCGCCCAACCACGACGAUCCGCUCUCUCGGCUUACGAGGCAAUCGUGGUGCACGCGUUUCACGCUUCUCGGUUAUAUUUGGCAGACUCGAGCGGACGAUAGAUACGCGUUCUCUCCUUCUCUUCUUCGCAUCCCUUCGUCAUGUAAGCCCCGUCUGACGAAAGAGUUCUCUAUUGCGAUUCUUCUUCUAUCAUCUGAGAUAAAACGCUCUGAGUGGAAGAGGAGAGUUUUUUUUCUCUUUGGAAAAGAAGCUCUUCGGUUGAUGCACGUUCGUUUCCAUCUUCUUGCUGAAGAGAAUUAUACGAUUGUUAUCGACAGCCUUGAAUAUCUUCAAGGUGUUUCUCGUUGUUAUUUUUGCAAAGGAAUCUUAGUAUCGAACCGCUUUAAAUCACUGGUUCUCGAGAAGUUCCGUGAUAUACGAGGCCGGAAAGAAACGAAUCCUUGGUGCCAGCAAAUUCUCUCGCGUUUCCGCGCUCGAAACGUGGGUGCUCGUGGGCGAAGCGUCCCGCGAACUACGUCGCUAUUUUCUACGCGACGCGUAUUUAUACCGAUACUCGAAUUUGUGGAGGAUCCGUGACACCCAGAGGAGACCUCGAUAUCAUCGAACUUGAAGACAAAACGUCACGACAAAUAGCACGCCACAGUUCUCGAGCCUUUUCAAUAUCUAGGAUUUAUAAUCGGUAACAAUCUUCCGAGAUGAUACACGGAGAGACUUUGCUUGAUUGGUCUUGGAUAUUACAGAUUUAUUAUUGAUCAAUGUUUUGGUCUUUGAUAAGGGUCAUCAUUAGGGUCAGAUUUUAUUAAAAGUAGUAGAUUAAAAGUAGUAAUCAAUUCUAAUUAUAAUUCAUAGACGUACAUUAUUCUAUUGGAUUAUUCAUUGCAAAUAACAGUUUUAUCUCUUCAAGUUCAGUCUUCAGGAAUGUCCAACAUAAAUAUUAAAGUAUGUUUUUGUCAGUGUUUGAGCUUCGUCUUCAGGAUUCAUUCAGCAGAUGGUGCAAGUAGCAAUCUUCUAUAAAUUAACAUCAAUUCUAAUUAUAAUUCAUAGACUUAAAUUAUUCUAUUGGAAUAUUCAUUGGAAAUAACAGUUUCUUCUCUUCAAAUUUCAUUUCAUUCUUCAGGAAUGUCCAGCAUGAGAGUAUCUCUUUGUCACAGUGUUUGAGCUUCGUCUUCAAGAUUCAUUCAGCAGAUGGUGCAACAAGUUUGCCAGCAUCCACGUGGUGCCGCGCUCGGACGAAUUAGACCCGUUCUAAUUAUGCGAUAUGUGUAGAUCGGCAUUUCAUGAGAGCUUGCCCUCAUUCGAACGUCGUUCUCGGACGAUUUCGUAAUUUCUAUAUGUGUCAAGGUGCGCGUUGGGAGACAAGGCGCUAUGCUCUCGCGUAAACGCACUGAUCGUUUCCUCGUGCACUGGCUCCAUCGUGGACGAAUCUCGACGACCUCCGCUCUCCAUACACCAGGAAGCGUAGAUGCUGCCAAGUGCUUUAACCCUUUACAGCCCAACUCUUUAUAGUGAUUCAACAUAAAGAGUUCAAGGGUGCAUUCCAUUUUUUAUUUUAUCUCAGGAUUAAAAAUGAUCCAACGAGGGUCAAAUUGUAUUGUUGAUGAUCUAAGAGGACAGAUUUGCGAAUUGUAAAGGGUUAAAGCGUGUCGAACUUGAUCAUUUCGAAUAAGCGAGAAAUUUACGUAAUACUCGGCUCUCCUUUCUUCUUCUUCUUCUUUCCUUUUACCUCUAUCUCUGUUUCGAUAGCACACCUUCCCUCUUCUGUCUCUCCCUACCAAAUCGGCCCGUGUUUCUCUAUCCCUGUGUCGCCCGCUGCUUUUCAUCGUACGAGAAGUGUUAGUUGCGAGACAGACAGAGAGAGAGAGAGAAAAGGAAUCGUGUUCCGUUGGUCGGAGCGCGGAGCUCACCACCGCUGCUCGGUAUUUUUAGUGCGACGAGAGUAUUUGGCGGGGCGCACCGAUUCGCCUCCUCGUCUUCGUGAACGGUCCACGUCCGUCCGUCGUCUUCGUGACCGCCGUUGUGGUCGUAGUUUAGUGCGUUCGCUGGUGUCCCUCGGUUGCGUGAUCGACGAUGUUCGCACCUCCGUAGUGCGACGAUGCAGCUACGGGCAGGAGGUAUCGUGCCGCGGUGUCACUGAACGUUACCUGAUCGUUCUUGGACGAAUCGGUUUAACCCUAAAAUCGUACGUGUUCCACUGUGCGUUUCGAAGCGACCAAUCUCGGAUGCGUCACGUACAGGACACUCGGCAAGGUCUAGCGGAACGACCUUGAGGAGAUUCACUCGAAACCGAAGAAUUGAUUCGAAGAAAACGAUAUACUGAACGCGUACCGACUCGAAAUUAAGAAAACAAACAGAAUUAAAAGGAAGGAAAUCACGUAACGAGUUAACUGUGAAGGUAUUCUCUGCGAAUCAGCCUGAUCUUAGGAUUGAUUCUCUAGAAUUUCGAGACCGCGUGGGCGAGUUUUUACGUCUCGAUGUUCAUCUUCGCGCCACGUGACAACAUGUCGACGUCUCGUCAGGGAUCGACGGGCCGGCGGAAUCGGUACGCUCGAUCCUCGACCACCACAAGCGUCACCCAGAUGCUCAGCGAAUCGUGCUCGAGCCUCCUGCAGCGAUUAACCACCAGGGUACGCGGUACCUCCACGUUGAACGAGCACGUUGGUAGCAAACCGAGCCUCGCUAGACGAACCUCGCCCGGCAUCAACCUUGCCACCGCCAAGUCCCGACUGGAGGACAAGUACUCGACCAUCCUGGACAAGUACUCCAGGAAGAAGCGUCACGAUCACUCGGAUCACACCACCGACUACAGACGUACCCGCGAAAGGGAUCACAGUUACUUCAGACGCGAGGACAGUCCUUUCGUCCGGGACGAAAAGACACUGGAACCUUCGAUGAGCCGCACCGUCGUCAAGAGUCCAACAAGCGUCCUGCUGUCCGAGAAAGCGUACCCUUACGUGAAAUCCUCCACGAGGGACUCGAAACGCGAGAAGACACCCGGUUACCAUCGAACGGAGAGACACGGUUUAUUGAACUCGGAAACUUACCGCAGAUACGGCAGGCACAAGUCCGGCCAUGCCGAGAGCCGUACGCGGAAAGUCAGGCCUUACAGAAACGGUAAAAGCGAGCAACUGGAGAGUUCGUCCACGGCGCUCAGGUUGGCUCGACCUGUAAAAUUGGACACCGUGAAUUCGAAAGAGAAGACGAACGAUGCUAGCGAUCCGGAUAAGACGCCGACCGGUAGCGUGGCACGCGACACGAACGUCCUUCCUCGGAUCGUCGACUCCGAAGAAUCGGAUCCGGCGAUCUCCGAGAGGGCUGCGAAACGAAAGGAGAUCCAGAGUCUGAUCCUGAAAUACGCCGCUAUGGAGGAGACUUACAGUCAGUUGGCUGCCGGUGGCCAGAUGAAGAUGCGGCCCAGUACCACGGACAUUAUCGCCAGCAAGUAUAGGAAAGGCGAGCGUAAAGACACGUCGAAGAACGCGUCAAAGAACGCGUCGAAGAACGCGGUUACCUCCGUCGCGAGUGUCGUUAACAACUCGGACACGGUCCACCAGGCGAUUAACCUACGACUGCCCUCCGUCGAGGACGACGCAGACGGCCACCUUGUUUACCAAACCGGCGACAUCCUGGCAGAUAGAUAUAAAGCACUGGACACCCUAGGAGAGGGUACUUUUGGAAAAGUUGUCAAGGUUAAGGACGUGCAAAUGGACCACGUGAUGGCUCUGAAAAUCAUCAAGAACGUGGAAAAGUAUAGGGAAGCCGCGAUGCUCGAAAUAAACGCCUUGGAGAAAAUUGCGACCAAGGAUCCAGAAGGCCAACACUUAUGCGUGAAGAUGCUCGACUGGUUCAAUUAUCACGGUCACAUGUGCAUCGCCUUUGAAAUGCUUGGGCUUAGUGUAUUCGAUUUCUUGAGAGAUAACGAUUACCAACCUUAUCCAUUGGAACACGUCAGGCACAUUGGGUAUCAAUUGUGCUAUGCCGUGAAAUUCCUACACGAUAACAAACUCACGCACACCGAUCUGAAACCCGAAAAUAUAUUAUUCGUAGAUUCCGAUUACGAGGUCAUACAUAACAGCAAAAAGAAGUUUCUUUUUUUCAAGCGAAAGGAUUUCAAACGCGUUAAGCGAACAGACAUAAGGCUGAUCGAUUUCGGCAGCGCUACCUUCGACCACGAACAUCACAGCACGAUUGUUAGCACGAGACAUUACAGGGCACCAGAAGUAAUUUUAGAAUUAGGAUGGUCACAGCCUUGUGACGUGUGGUCGAUUGGCUGCAUCCUCUUUGAACUGUACCUGGGUAUUACUCUGUUUCAAACGCACGACAACCGUGAGCACUUAGCAAUGAUGGAGCGUAUACUUGGCCCGAUUCCAUAUCGUAUGGGUCGCAAGACUAAGACUAAGUAUUUCUAUCACGGUAAAUUGGACUGGGAGGAAAGGGGUUCGGCCGCCCGAUACGUUGAGGAACAUUGUAAACCUUUACACCGUUGCAUGCUUUCGGACGACGAAGAACAUCGACAACUAUUUGACCUCAUUCAGAAAAUGUUAGAAUACGAACCUUCUAACAGGAUAGAAUUAAAAGACGCAUUGACACAUCCGUUCUUCGACGCGUUACCAGCACACCAAAGAUUGCCAGACCUACGAGCAGCUGGUGAUUCUCAACAAUCUCACGAACGAUCGCAUUCUCUUUCUCGAUGAAGCUAGGAAAGGGACCGACCUCCAUGCUGGACAGACACUCCACUAUCAACGACGCUACUGCCCUACGUUACAAUACUGAUAUCCUUAAGCCUCACAAGACUGUGUCUUUUUCGUAGGAACAAAAUUCGAUGACGAUUGCUUGACUUAAAGAUUAAAAAAAUUGAAAGUGAAGCGAACGAAAUAAAAAGAGGCUCGAAAUUUUAGUAGGAAAUAUAAAUUAAAUUAAAUUCAAUGGUAACGACCGACAAUGUUGGUUAAAUUACAAGUAAUCGUAUUGUUUAUUAAUAAACGUUAAUAUAAAAAAGAAAGCAGUAGUGCAAUGGUGCUGUGGAACUCGGACUCGAUAAAAUUAUAUUUACGGCAGAAUGACACCAACCUCUGAGUCAAGAUAUAAGAAAAAAAAAAAAAUAUAUCGACACUCUCUGAUGUUCGUUUAAAGACGACGAAAUUGGUAGACAGCCAAACUAUACUUGACAUAGUCCUUGUUACUGGCACUGUAAACGUGCCAGUGUGUCUGCUCAGUGUAGCGUAACAGAGUCCCAUCAUUGUAAACAUUUUCUAAACGCUCUUCUGUACAUUUUAUCCUUUAAUUUUAUUACGAUGUUAUUAUGCAACAAAGUUUGGAGUAAAGGGUCGCAGUUUAUACUCUGUUUGUUAUAGAUUGAUGACCAUGGCGUGUUUUAAUAGUAAGAAUCAGACUUAGUGAUAAGACAAGUAAAUAUUAUGCGUACGUGUUGACAUUAAUUAAGAUUAACAAAAAAGGGAGAGAAAGUGAGAGCGUGUGAGGAAUUCAAUGGACGCCAAAUCAUCGUCGUAAAAUACACAUGUUAACGUUCUUGGAAACCAUAAUGAUACGUAUGUGGUUAUUUUUAGAAAAAUGCUAACAUGUUUUGUUCCUCGAAAUUCGAAGGAAACUAAGCUGUUUCUUUAACAUUUUUUUUUUUUUUUUUUUUUUA